AUGGCUGCCUCUGCUUUCGCCGGUCGGUCUUUCCGCUCAACACUAAACAGAGUUCUCUCGAAACGCUUAUUCCACUACCCGGUUCCCUCUUCCCGGCAUCCCAUCCGUCUUGUUUCUCCCCUGGUCGGUGAUGUCGAUGUCAUACGCCGUCGUCCGAUGCCUUACGCUGCCGUACGACUGGCAGCUGGAGCCGGAGGUGGCGGUGGCUCACCGAUCAACUCGGGUUUUGGUGGUGGAUGCAGUGGUAACCCACCAACUGAGAAGGGUCCUCUGUUCUCUGGAUGCGAUUAUGAGCAUUGGUUCAUCGUUAUGGAUAAUUUAGGCUUGGAGAACGCCACCAAGGAGCAAUUGAUCGAUUGCUUCAUCAAAACCCUAGCAAAGGUCGUUGGAAGCGAGGAGGAAGCAACAAAGAAAAUCUACAGUGUCUCGUUCCGACGCUUCUUUUGCUUCGGGUGUGAGAUUGACGAGGAAACAUCUGAUAAGCUUGUAGGACUUCCCGGAGUUUUUUUUGUGCUCCCAGAUUCUUAUGUUGAUGCUGAAAACCAGGACUAUGGAGGUGAGUUGUUUGUGAAUGGACAAAUUGUGAAGAGGUCUCCUGAGCGGCAGGAAGCGUUGAGCCAGCGCCUACAGAGAGCUCAAAACAGGCCCACAUAUGACAAACCCCGGUACACAAGCAAGGAGGGAUAA